GAUCUGGGUUUGGAGGGCACCUCGCUGAACGACAUCUUGUACAAAAAUGCUGCUUUCCUCAAUCUGGUGGAUCCGAUCUCACACGAGCUGCUGCUCAGCUUGGCUCGAGAGAUGCAGUGUCUUAAGAAGGACGCAGACAUAAUAAAGUCUUCAGAUAAGAUCUGCAGACAGCUGAUCUACCACCUGACCCCGCACUCAAAGUGGCUGAGGCAGAGCAUGUCCAGACGGAAAUCCCAGGCCUGUCUCAAGACAACUCUGCAGAAAAAGGUAUCCAGCGACAGCGUUGACCUGUCUGGAAUCCCUCUGUCCACUCGUGAUGUCCGACACGUUGCCUUCUACCUCCAGAACAACAGAGACAGCAUUGUGGCCAUGGACAUCAGCUUUACCGAGCUCCACGAUGACAACCUGAGGCUGCUGCUGCCUCUGCUCGCCUCCCUGCCCAAGCUCAGCACGCUGGCUCUCAACGGUAACCGCCUCACCCUGGCCAUCCUCAAAGACCUUACUGAAAUGCUCAAAGACCCCAAACUGUUCUCCAGCCUGGCCUGGAUCGACCUGGGCAACAACGUGGACAUCUUCACCAUGCCCCAGCCGCUGCUGGUUGCGUUGCGCCGGCGUUGCAGCCUCAAGAGCAGCCUGCCGACCAUCUACGAGUACACCGAGGGUCAGCCGUACUCCUACCACCUUGAGACCUCUAUAGAGGAGCCCAGCCACUAUGAGGAGGAAGAGGAGGAGGAGGAGGAUGAGGAGGAGGAUGUGGAGAGUAAAUUUGAGUUGGAACCGUGGGGUUUAGGGGAGAAACAGCUCUCCAAAACGUUCACUCUCCACUACUGUGAAAGGUGAUGGAGUAUUUCCUGUCUAAUGCUCCUUUUGCUGUGGUUGAAGCAUUGUCCCACAGCACUCUGAUACCUCCUUUGCCCUCUUGUCCUCACACCACGAGCCCAGUCACCCUCAGAGGCACAGGGGAGACCAGUGCCCACAUUGUUCCAACAUGGUUACCAAGUUACUCCUAACCAUCUCUGAGUUAACCCACCCAAGAUAGUGACAGUGAAGAGACGGUCAGACUUACUGUGUUGGUGGACAGUGCUCUGGGGAACGAGGUGCGGUUUCAUUGGAGGGGGGCUGGAAGAGUUAACGAACCAGGGCUCUCUCUUUCUUUCUCCCCCUUUCUCCCCUCUGUUCUCUCCAAUUCUCUUUGUGACACCGGCAGCCAAAGGGCCAAUCUCAAGGAGACUUACAUCAGUUGGUUGGACGAAGGAGCUGCAUCCCGGCGGCAGCUGWGGUGGAUGUUAGUUUGGAAAGCGUUGGUCCCUCUGGGUUCUCUACCAGGACUGAGACUAUCUCUGUCAGGCAGGACCCAGCUCCACAUUGUGUGUUCUCUGUUAAUCUCUCAACAAAAGCUAUGACACGAGUUCAACAGACUAUACAGCCGGCGACCCGUCACGUGACGCGGGCAAAAGUGCUUGGUCGACUUUUUGCGUCCCCCCCCCUUUCCAAAUGUCCACUUUGUGAAUGUCCUGAUGUAGAUGAAAAAGAGAACAGAAAACAAAACAUCUGUUGUGUUUCCACUGCUUCUUUCUGUGCACUUUAGAAAACAAAACAAUCUUAGAAGACAACAGGUAGGACUUGACGAUGGAUAGUUGUCGCAGGUGGUUUCUGGAGCUGAUAUUCACCUCUUUGUAACUGUUAAGCUGUUUCUGUGAUAACCUCAGUGUUUCAACACAUCUGUGACACUGAUGCCAACGUUAGACAUGGACCUCUGAGUCAGAGCUAAGCCCAAACUGCCCUUCCUUACUGCCAUUUGUCUUUCUGUUUAAUGUUGCUGUACUUCAGUGGCUCCUGUGUUACGAGACCCUGACUGUUAUCUAUCAGUUAUAGACUGUCUGCAGUAGCAUUUAAUGACUAUUUAGGCUGAGCAAACCAGUACGCACUUUAAGGCAGUGUUGUAUUAACACUUCGGUUUCACCAUUCCACAUCCUGGAUGUACAUUGUUUAUAGCUGCUUAAACCAGAAGCUGAAAGUCUCUUUCAGGUGUCAGUAUAACAACAGGAUGAUGAUUGUUCGAAGGAUCAUUAAAACAACAUAUAUUAAAUGUUUAAUGGGUGUUUUAUGUGUUCGUAAUGGUAAAUACGUCUAAUUGUUGCUGUAUAUAUUCGUGGUAUUGUUUUAGAGUUUUGUCUGACUCCGUAAUAAUGACUAACGACCAUGAAACGCAUUCCAAAGACCUCCUGCUGUUGGAUUGAUUGGUAUAUAAAAGUGGCUGAAAGGAUAACGCAAUAAAGACGCAAACAGUUCAGUAAAUAUUAUUCGGAGCAGACACCUUUUAUGUUGAAUGUUUAUUCUGAAUGUCCACUUGGUUUGUAGUUUGUUUCACGUGUCACGUGUCAAAUGUUUCCUUGUUGUAGUCUGUGUUUGUUUGUCUCAUGCCAAACGAUGACUGCCAGUAAAAGAUUCAAUCCAAACUCAGAAA